AGAAGCGCAAAACACGCCCAAAAUCAGAUAUUAACAAAAAACCCUCAUCAACUUUUAUUUUUCGCUUAAAAAUGGAAACUAUCUGGCAGGAACAAAAUCACCACGGCGGCGGUUUUCAGCUGCCGGAGAGUCCACGUAAGCCGAUGGAGUUUUUAUCCAGGUCAUGGAGCGCCGCCGCGCUUCAGGUGUCAAAGACUCUACAUUCUCCACUAUCUCCGUUGGUUCCGAAAUCUGAUUUUAGUGAAACUGGUGAAAACUCCGGUGAAAACAACCGUUUCUCCGGCGUGGAGGCGGUGGAGGAACCGGUUGCCGCCACAUUACUUUCUGGAAACACGUUUUCUUUUGCGUCAUCUGCUACUUCACAGCUUGUGCUUGAACGUAUCAUGUCUCAAUCCGAUAUAUCGCCGUUAGCAUCAGGGAGGUUGUCACACAGUAGUGGACCAUUAAAUGCAACGCUCACAGAAGAAACCGACAGUCCUCCGAUCUCACCUUCCGAUGACUACGACGACGUCGUCAAGUAUCUUCGAGCCAACAACACACUGCAGCCCCUGUUUGCCAAUACACGAAGCGGCGGUUAUGGUCCAGGUGGCAGCAGCACCCCUGCUGGAAAAACAGUGGGACGGUGGUUAAAAGAGAGAAGAGAGAAGAAAAAGGAAGAGACGAGAGCCCACAAUGCCCAACUCCACGCGGCUGUUUCUGUUGCUGGUGUGGCUGCAGCCGUGGCCACAAUUGCAGCCGCCACGGCAGCAGCAUCAGCAUCCAGAAAAGAUGAGCAAACAGCCAAAACUGACAUGGCUGUUGCCUCUGCCGCCACCUUGGUUGCGGCUCAAUGCGUUGAGGCGGCAGAAGCCAUGGGAGCUGAACGCGAACACCUUAUUGCUGCUGUCAACUCGGCUGUUAAUGUCAAGUCCCACGGAGAUAUACUCACUCUCACUGCUGCAGCUGCCACAGCUUUACGUGGGGCGGCGACAUUAAAGGCAAGGGCAUUGAAAGAGGUAUGGAAUAUAGCAGCAGUUAUACCAGUUGAUAGAGGAAUCAAAGUAAACAAAAAUCAUGGAAACACCAGUGGUUACUGUGAGGAGCUCCUACCCGAAGAAAACUUUCUCGGUAUUUGUAAUCAAGAGCUUCUUGCUCGAGGUAGCGAGCUUCUCAAACGCACCCGUAACGGUGAUCUUCACUGGAAAAUUGUGUCUGUUUAUAUCCACCGGUCGGGUGAAGUGAUGCUAAAGAUGAAAAGCAAACAUGUUGGCUCUACAAUCACAAAAAAGAAUAAAAAUGUGGUGUUGGAGGUUUGCAAGAAUAUGCCAGCGUGGCCCGGGCGGCACCUGUUUGAUGGCGGUGAGCAGCGGCGGUACUUUGGGCUGAGGACGGCUAUCCGUGGAUUGGUGGAAUUUGAGUGUAGGAACCAAAGAGAAUAUGAUAUGUGGACUCAAGGGGUUUCGCGGCUUUUGGCGAUUGUGGCCGAAAAGAAACUUAGUCGGAAUGCAUGAGAUAUUUAAGUGUUGUAAAGGACUACGGUGGUCUGGUUUAGUUGUUUUGUGGGUUUUAGAGAGUUUAUAAUUAAUUAUAAGGUUAUAAUAGGGGUUGUGUAAUGAAUUUAAUAAUAUAAGAUUGGUUGGUAUUUUGGUAGUUAUUGUGAAGGAAUUCUUAUAUUUUAUCACGUAUUAAUGGUUUAAGGAUAAUUGCCCCUUGAAA